UAAUAGGCCCAAAAAAGAAUCCUAUUAUUGGUAUUGUUACAUAACGCUGGAAUUUAAAAUGAAAGUAACGUUGGAUUCAUAAGCAAUCAAAGAGUCUGUCUUUGGCAUUGUUGGUGUAAGAAACGCAGGGUUGGGUGAUAAGUGUGAAGAACAAAAUGUCGCAGCCAAGAAGUUCACCCGAUAGGUUGGAGUUGCAAACUCCAUGGAAGCGGCUCACAGUUGAGAGGAUACUGAGUGGGUCACAGGAGAAUGAUGAUGUUAUGGAGGAAUGGAAGAAACAACAUCAAAGAUUGAAUCGUGUCGACGAUGCCGGUAAAGUUUCUGUAGAGGCUGCCAGGAUUGUUGAAAAUAAAGGGGAUGAUGGAGAUGGAAUUGAAUACAUAAUGAUAUCUUCUGAUAGUGAGAGGGAAAUGAGUCCUGUACAGGAAGAGUUCGAAGAAGCGUACUGGACACGUGAAGUUCAUGAUGUAAAGAAGUUUUGCUCAAAUGUUAUGUAUAUUCCUGCAGAAAUAGUAGAGAAAUGUGGGCUUGCUGGAAUGUCAGAGAUUACCCUCAAUGAUGUGGACAACGGGUACCCAUAUGAGUGCAAUGUGAAGAAGAGGCCAAAAAAAAAAAAGAAACAUAUUUGUAUGGAGAAUGGUUUGACUAUGAUAUCUAUCAAACUUGAUCAGAAUAGGGAACCUAAUUUCAUUAUUGUUGGUAUAAGUUUGGGUAUGGCUCCUGUAAAUGGUAGGCUAUUAAAUCUAAUAGGUAAACACACAACAAUGGACAUAUGA